AUGGGUUCCCCAGGUUUUGAAGAAACUCCAUGUCAUCUCGUGGUUCUUUGUCACGGGCUUUGGGGUGUUUCAGAUCAUUUUAACUACUUGGAAAAUGCCUUAAGGUCUACCGUAGACUUGAAGUUCCAGAAAAUGAGUAACGAUGCCACCUCUCAUGUGGUGUUCUACAGAACAAAGUCCAUCGAGAAAUAUCGUACUUAUGAUGGUAUCGAUCUAUGUGGUACCCGAAUUGCAGAUGAAAUUCUUAAAGAAGCCAAACGAUUGCAGAGUUCAAAGCAUCGGAUUACUCGAUUUUCUAUUAUUGGUUAUUCUCUAGGAGGUUUGGUUGCCCGAUAUGUUAUUGGUGUUCUAGAAUAUAAAGGCUUUUUCAAAGAUAUUCAACCAGUUAACUUCACCUCGUUUUGCUCCCCUCACGUCGGCGUCUUAACACCGGGUAAUUCUAUCUCGGUCAAGACAUUCAACUGGCUUGUGCCUCAAUUGUUGGGCAAAAGUGGGCAGCAAAUGUUUUUGAAAGAUAACGUUUUUGGAAAUCGCCACGAAAAGAAAACAUCGCUUUUAAAGCUUAUGGCUUCUUCUAAGUCCAUCUUCUACCGAAGUUUGAAGAAUUUCCAACAUUUAGCCUUAUACUCGAAUAUCAGGUCUGAUAUUAGAACUUCUUGGUGGACUUCUGGAAUCUCUUACAUCAAUCCAUUUCAGAUCCUAGAUGAUAACCCGAAUGUGUCUAUUGACGAGCACGGCUUUAUGAGAUUUGAGAACGGUUCCAAGUUUGAAUUGAAGUUUUUGGAUCAUUAUGCACCUGUGAUCGUAGACGUGAAUGGACCUAUUAAAUUCACUAGAUUGACUCAAUACUCUACGGCAACAUCCACUACGGCUGGUAAGAAAGUCGGUUCAAAGCUCAGUCAGAUGAUCCAGGAGGAUCUGCCUGCUGACAAUGGUGGAACAAGUGUAGAAGAUGUAACAUCUACUUUCUUCUCCUCUGUCAAUAACUUCUUUGCACGUAAAUUCAAAUGGGUUGUAUUGCUUUUCAGAGUUUGUAUCUAUCUACCUAUGUGGAUGACAUGGUUUAUUCUCAACAAUAUGAUUCAAGUGUCAAACUCAAGUUUCAGAGUGUUGCGAGAGUCCUCAAGACUAAAGUAUUUGAUCGACUUCUAUAAUUUAUGUGACCCACUUCCUGUUAAUGGUCAUUCUAGAACCAUGAGCGAAUCAUAUGCUACGGGCUUGUCCAAGUUUGAAAGCGAUCUACAAGAUCAAGGUGACUAUUUUUUAAACUCUGUUUUUGAUGCUGUGACUUCGGCACCUGCUUCCAAAGUCCAUCAGUCGAUAUUCAACGAGAAUAAGGGGGCUUCUGGUGGCAGAAUUUCUUGGACCACCACACUCAGUCGCCUCUGUUCCGUUCCCAUUGACGAUAUUGGUGAUCCAAAUGCUGACCUAAAACAAUUGGAUGACAAGAACAAGCAAAAUGCUUAUAAUUACUAUCAAAUUCUACACCAUUUUAAAUUGGGACUUUCGAAACAGCAGAAAGAGAUUAUCGGCAGCUUAAAUAAACUCAAUUGGCAGAAGUUUCCAAUAUAUAUUACUACAACCAAUGCUACACACGCUGCUGCCAUCGUCAGGCACGAGGAUCCGAAUUUUAAGCAAGGUGAGAUUGUUGUGAAGCAUUACUGUGAGCAAGUGUUUGUCAUUUAA